GAAGAAUUGGUGCCAUUUGACUCAACACCCUACUGCUCCACAUCAUCAUAUGAUGCUGCUUCCUAUUUAUUUCAUGAAGUUAUUCCUGCUCUCCAUUCCUUGAAUAUUACUGUUGAACAGUUACAUGCAGAAUCUGGAAAAGGACAAUUUGAGAUGGUGCUGGGGCACACUGCUUGUAUGCAUGCUGCUGACAACUUGAUUUAUACCCGUGAAGUUAUUAGGGCGAUUACAAGGAAGCAUGGGUUGUUGGCAACUUUUAUCCCAAAGUAUGCUCUAGAUGAGAUUGGCUCUGGAGCCCAUGUGCAUAUCAGUUUGUGGCAGAAUGGACAAAAUGUAUUUAUGGGAUCUGGUGGAUCCUCUCGGCAUGGAAUGUCCAAGGUUGGGGAGGAAUUCUUGGCAGGGGUUUUACAUCAUCUUCCAGCAAUUUUGGCAUUUACAGCACCAAUUCCAAAUAGUUAUGACCGGAUACAACCUAACACAUGGACUGGAGCAUACAAGUGCUGGGGAAAAGAAAACAGAGAAGCUCCACUAAGAACUGCAUGCCCACCUGGAAUUCAACAUGGUUUGGUGAGCAACUUUGAGAUCAAAUCAUUUGAUGGGUGUGCAAAUCCACACUUAGGCUUGGCUGCAAUACUUGCUGCUGGCAUUGAUGGUCUUAGGAAUCAUCUUUCUCUCCCUGAACCUGUUGAUACAAAUCCUUCUAGCCUUGACGCAGAACUACAAAGGUUGCCAAAAUCACUUUCUGAAUCUUUAGAAGCUCUAAAGGAAGACAAUGCCUUCACAGAUUUAAUUGGUGAAAAGCUAUUGGUCGCCAUAAAGGGGAUCCGCAAGGCAGAGAUCGAUUACUACUCAAAUCACAAAGAUGCAUACAAGCAACUCAUAUACCGCUACUGAGUUUAUUGUCUUCUCAUCAUCCCGUCUUCGGUCUGGCUCUGUUUGUGUACUUGCUUGAGUUGCCUUCCACGUUACGUAAAUAAAUUAAGAAUAAUGUAACCACAGGGAUGAAAACAAGUAACUUAAAUAAAAUUACUGCCUUUUUGUACCAUAAAAACUUAUAUGCAGCUUUUGAGCUUAGUGGUUCAUUGGCCGUAAUUGUACAAGAAGCUAAAUAAAAACAUUCACGUCA